AGUUGUCAGACAAAAUAAGACCACUUAUGCACUUGUAUAUGAGAUUUGAUGCUAAGUAUGGCUUUUUUAGGAACCUUGCAAUACACACAAUAAAAAAUUUCAAAAAUAUAACAAAAAAUUCCGCUAAGCAAGAUCAAAUGUUUAAGCACUCAUGGUUUCAGAAAAAUUUGAAAAUUUAUCUAGACGUAGGACGGUCAAAAACUAGCUCAACCAUGCCAAGCCCUCUUGCAGUAAAUUUCUCAAAAAAAUCUGUAGUGGUCAUAACAGGAGCCUCCAAAGGCAUUGGACAAACUAUCGCAACAGAGAUCUCCUCUCGCCUCAAUCAAAAUUCCAUUUUAGUCCUUUUAGCGAGAGACAACAAUGGUCUGGACGAAACUAAGAAACGUAUCGCCGAAAUCGAUAAGUCUUUAACAGUAUUAACCUACAGCUUGGACUUAUCAAAACCCGAUCAGGAAUCAUACAAUUCAAUUUUUAACGAAAUUCUUGAAACUAUUGACACCAAAGAUAUAGAGUUUGGUUACAUAUUCCACAAUGCUGGCCACAUAGGCACUUUGAAAGAAACCACUGAACUGACAGAUUUGGCACAAUGGAGACAAUACUAUGACUUAAACCUCUUCUCUGCGGUGCUUUUAAAUAGUGUUUUUAUCAAAAAACUGCGUCCUAUAGCGCCACAACUGGUGGUCGUUAAUAUAACAUCAUUGGUAGGACGAAUGCCUUUUGCUAACCUUGCCAUGUACGGGUCAGGAAAAGCUUCCCGUGAAAUCUUUUUUAAAGUACUGGCUGUGGAACAGCCGAAGGUUACAGUACUGAACUACUCACCUGGGCCAGUAUUAACAGAUAUGUUUAAUACAAUUUGUGAUUCUGCGGAGGAUCCCGAGUUGAAGAAAAAUUUUCAGGAGACAAGGGAGAAGAGCGUGCUAACUACGGACCAAACUGUUACUAAGCUGCUAACCAUCUUGGAGCAAGGGGAUUACAAAAGUGGAGAUACUAUUGAUUAUUUUGAUAGAAUUUAAUUAGGAUUAAGUAGAAGUAUUAUUAAAAAAAAUGAAAAUAUAAAGUUUAAAGAUUUAAAUAA